AGGGUCGUGCAUAGCUAGGUACUUAGUCAGGGGCAGGGUCGUGCAUAGCUGGCUAUGGAGUAAGUCUGGGAUAAGCUGGAUGAUGGUGUCAGCAUAAGUGACCUAAUUACAAUUGAGUGCGAAUGAUGAUGCUGUCUGUCCGACUUUGUCGUAUUCGUGCAAAUCAAGUGAUACGCUUUUUCUUCUCGGUUGCCCCCGCGCUACUUGGUCUGUUCUGUCACUCCGCGCGCUCUCGCUCUGUAGUAGUCCAUCUUGUCGCACCAUACUCGCUCACGUGACUUUUCAGUGUCUUUUGAAUUGAUAAUCCGCACACUACCGUCGUAUAGCACCACUUGUUCCUCUCGCUGUUCGUCUCUCUUAAUCCCCUGGCGGUCGAGAACAUCCUCUAUAAAAUUUUUUUCCCUUGACUCUCGCUUCAUCCAUGGUACAAGUGUAUUCCUCCAUAUAGAUUCCUCCUUCCCUCGACUCUCGCUUCGUCCAUAUUUCUCGUCUUUUCCGUAGCCUGUCCUUUUUGUACAGUUUUCCGUUGUCUUUUCUCUGCCGCUGUCUUUAAAUUUCCUUGCCUGUUUCUUCUCUUCUUACCAUCCAUCAUUCGAAGGCUUGUUGUACUUCCGGUCUGCUCUGCUGUCCGUGUGUGGAGGUCCCGGCGUUUCUGUUGAUGUGGUGGUCCCAGCGUUUCUGUUCAUGUGGUGGUCCCGGCGUUUCUGUUGAUGUGGUGGUCCCAGCGUUGCUGUUGAUGUGGUGGUGCCGGCGUUUCUGUUGGUGUGGUGGUUCCGACGUCUCUGCUGUAUUCUACUCUAGCCGUUGGCGAUUCCUGUCUGCUCUACUGUCCGUUGCCCAUGUGGUGGUCCCGGCGUCUCUGCCAAUGUAGUGAUCCCGGCGUCUCUACUCAACGUUGCAUUUGUUACGUGGCAGUCACGCCGUUUGGACUAGUUUGUUCUUCGGUGUUGCGAAUGUGGUGGUCCCGUCGUCUCUGCUCAUGUGUUGGUCCCGUCGUCUCUGCGCAUGCGGUGAUCCCGUCGUCUCUGUUAAUGUGGUGGUCCCGGCGUCUGCCUCAACCAUGCUGUGGUGAUGUGUUCGUCAUGUUGUCUUGACUCUGCUGUCUCGGUUAUGUGCUAGUCGGGACUUGUUCCAAGUCUUCGGUGUUCCGUGCACGUCGGCUUUAAACGGAAGAGGGGGGACAGGUGCUUGUGACUUCGGGCCUGGUUCCCAGCACGUGAUGCUCCCCACGAUUGAAGUGGACCUUGUUAAACAAAAGGAAGUUAAACAAAAAAAAAGUCCUUGUAUCACUAGGAAAGAGUUGGUACGGUCCUGAGGUCGGGAAGGGGGGCCCGGGAAUAGGUCGAUGGUCUGCUGCCGUUGAUUUGGGCAACACCUGCAGAGCACCCACCUCCCGUCGAUGAAAGCGCGCGAAAUCCGUGGAAUCGUGUGUUCAAGUGUCUAUCUUAAGACUGCGUUGCUUGGUUUGAUCGAGCUCGGAACAUCUAGGAAAGGGGUUAGCGCUGUGUCUUGGUGUUAAUGCCUGCAAGUUGGGCAUGAAAAAUACUUGCCGUUGAUUUGGGCAACACCUGCAGAGCACCCACCUUCCGUCGAUGAAAGCGCGCGAAAUCCGUGGAAUCGUGUGUUCAAGUGUUUAUCUUAAGACUGCGUUGCAUGGUUUGAUCGAGCUCGGAACAUCUGGGAAAGGGGUUAGCGCUGUGUCUUGGUGUUAAUAGUCAAGUUGGGCAUGAAAAAUACUCCGCGAAGUCAGACAAGAGUCUUGAGUCUUGUAGUAGGUGGGCAUGAAAAAUACUUCGAAGUCAGACGACUCUGAGUCUUGUAGUUUUAUCGUGUAGCGUUCCUUUGGUAUGACGGACACAAAGGGGUUGACAUUCUUAAUUAGUAUUUUUUUAGUAAUUUUUUGUAAUUUUAAUUUUAAGUUUUUUAAGGAUGAUUGGAGUUGCGAGUUGUCUAAUGGAUGGGGAUGGGGAAGGGAUGGGAUGAUGGCAGGUAGGUCCCCCUCAAAGCAGUAGAGCAGUUUGAGGAGGGGAGGGGAGGGGAGGGGGAAGGAGGGAGAGGAAGAGAAAGAGGUUCGUCUCGAUUUUGAGAGGGGCUCUCCAAUGGGUAAUAUGGAGCACUUAAAAGCCGUAAUACGGAGUAUAUGACAUGUGGUUUGGUACUUUUGUACAUUUUAUAAAUUUACGUACAGAUUCAGAAUAAACGUGUUAGCGUUUAUAUUGUGUGUUUACACCGUGAAUCGUGUCAUAAAAUAUCCGAAACGGAAGUCUUAUGAAUCUCUAGAGGGCAUAAAAGCAAAGUCUUAUGAAUGUAGGGGGGGCAUUAUCAUGAUGAUGGUACUUUUGGCAGCGGUGAUAGAAGAAAAACGGAUCUUCAUUCAAGUUCAUCGACGUACACAUAUAACUUUUGUCUCCUCCGCACUGGCGGUUUGACUGCCAAGUAUGCAGGUGUGUGGAGGUGGAGGUCUUUCUGCUGUGGGAAAACGUAGGUUGGUUGUCUUCUUUUAUUGAUUUUUUUUUUCCCACUUCUUUCUGUUUUUUUUGUGUCUGUUGCCGGAUGAAACAGUAAGUGUUGUCGUGGAGAUCUUUAUCU